CUCAAAUAUAAAAAUCAUUUAGAAAAUUUGCAAAAAAUAAUGAGUCAAAUUAUUCCUGAAUUUAAUCGUUCCAUUCCUCCACCAGCUCUUCCUCUGAAAACAGUGACAGAACAACCAUCACCACCUCAGACUGUUUUUUUAAAGGCAGUUAUGGAACAACCAUCCCCACAUACGGCUCUUCCUUUGAAUACAGAGAAAAUGGUACAACUACCAACAGCUUUUCCUGAAAAGCUUCUUUGGAAACUUGCAAAAGGGAAAACUGUUCUGCAAUAUCACCUUUGCUAUGCAUGUCAGAAUCGACUCUUCAAUUCAAAAGACAAAAUAGUUCGCAAUGGUGAUAGAGUGAUCAUAAAGAUUGAAUUAUGCGACAACUGUGUCAAAGAUAACUGCGAAGCAACUGAUUUGCUAUCAAACAAAAGGAGGAAGAUUGAAAAGAAAACUUAG